AUGUCAUACCCACCAGGAAAAGUCAAGAAGAGCUGUGACAUCCUCGUCAUUGAUGAGAACCCUUCUGCUCACAUUAUUCCAAUCAAGGCACGGCCUGGGGGUGUGGCUUUUGAGGUUGCAAAUAAAUUUGAUCCAAUCACAGAUAUGGCAGACGUCAAAGUCAGCCGAGGGGGCGUGGCUUUUGAGAUCACAACGGAUGAAUCUCCGGUUCGGUCUGCAGAAAGUACCGAACCAUCAGAGAUGUCUCUGCCUAGCCCACCAAUCACAACCAUGAGCUGCACACGUCACACCAAGGAAGGUGUGGCUUUUGAGAUCGACUUCGGCGAUGACGAAAAGCAGAAGCAACAACUACGGUCUCUCAGCAAAGUGACAUCACGAAUUGCCAAGGAGGGAUGGAGCGAGCGUGACGUCAUCAAAGAAACUGAUGACGUUUGGGUGGCCAACAAAGUUCUUGCAAUGAACGACAAAGCAAAGAGGAACGAGAAACGGUUGGCUUCUCUGAAGAAGGCUGAGGAAGAGUUCGACCUGAUGACAGCUACUAUGACAGAGAGAGCCCUUGACAGCUUUCACUACAUCCUGGUGAAAGAGACCUGCACAGAACACAGUCUUCUUAGGAGAGCUCAGUUCAAGGCCUGGCAGAAGAAGAUGAUGCAGUAG